AUGAAUGUUCCAGUAAAGCCAAUCGACAGCUGGUCAAGCAGGAGAUUGCCUCGGAAACAGCGUCAGCAUGAAUGUUCCAGUAAAGCCAAUCGACAGCUGGUCAAGAGGACUCGAGAUUGCCUCAAUGAUGUUCGUCAUAUGACGGACGAAAGCUUAGCACCUUUUCACCGGAAUCGAAGAAGAUUACCUCGGAAAUGCAUGAAUCUUCCAGUAAAGCCAAUCGACAGCUGGUCAAGAGGAAUCCGCCGUCGUCUUCUGGUGGAAUCGAACUUCGAAUCUCUUCACCCACAUGAAUCUUCCAGUAAAGCCAAUCGACAGCUGGUCAAGAGGAAUCCGCCGUCGUCUUCUGGUGGAACCGCCUUGCUCUGA